CACCACAGCCCCCUUCUCCCACUGAGCUGUGGGGCUUUCUCACGGCGGUGACCUGUCCUCUUCUCCUCCGCGUACACCUCCUGCAAAGCCCGUCUCUCUUCUCCUUCCUUUCCAUGGCCGCCCGUGGCGUGAUUUGCCCUCAGCAGCGCAAUAGUUAACGAGUGCCGGAUGCGCCCUCGCUCCAGCAGACCGCUACAGCACGAAGAUGGCGUCGGAGGGAGCCAGCGGAGAGCAGCCUCCUCCGGGACGAACACUGGCGACGGCCGUGCUGGGAAGUGUGGACACGAAAUGUGAGUUCAACAUGGAUAACCUGAGCAAGCCAGAGCUGCUCACCCUGCUGAGUAUCAUGGAGGGAGAGCUGGAGGCCCGAGACCUGGUCAUAGAAGCCCUGAGGGCUCAGAGGAAGGAGGUGUUUCUCCAGGAGCGAUACGGCCACUACAGCCUGACCGACCCCUUCCUGGCUCUCCAGCGGGACUUUGAAUCUGGGGUCCCCGGUGGAUCCACUGAGCGAAGGCCCCUGGGCUCCAGCCCCAUCUCUGUCCUGGAGGCUGUCAUGGCGCACUGUAGGAAGAUGCAGGAGCGUAUGUCAGCCCAGCUGGCCGCCGCCGAGAGCCGCCAGAAGAGGCUGGAGAUGGAGAAACUGCAGCUUCAGAGUCUGGAGCAGGAACACCGCAAGCUGACGGCGCAGCUGAAGGAUGAACGUGAGAAGAACAAGCACAUUGUCAUGAUGUUGGUUCGAGAGUGCAAGCAGCUUGCCACCCGGGUGGUCGAGGAGUCGCAGCGCUUUGACGAGCUCCAAGCUCGCCUGGACGAGGAGAGUCGCACCUCUGGCCGACUGCAGGAGGAGCUGAGCACCGAGCGGCAGCAUAGCCAACAGAUGGAAGCCAAGAUGGAGAAACAGCUGUCAGAGUUCGACACAGAGAGGGAACAGCUGCGUGCCAGGCUGGGCCGCGAGGAGGCCGAGAGCCAGAGUCUACGGCAGGAGGUGGAGCAGCUCAGGACUGAACGGGGCGAAGGGAAGGAUGCUGCUGUUGCCCAACCUGCUGCUGCCACCAGCCCACCACCCAAACCUAAAGCUCUGAUGUCUGUUUCCGUAGCCACAGAGCCCAUCAGCUCUCGAACAGCGUCUUGCCAAACGGACCUGCCCCCCACUGAGGUUGAGGGUCCAAAGAAGACCCCCCUCACUAUACCCGUCAAACCAACCCCUGCCAACUAUGUGGGCCUGAGCCUUCCAAAGACAUCUGGCCGGGGUAUCGUCCACAGCAGCUCAGGAGGACUGACACAGACAGAGAACGGCUCAGAGGGCCAAGCCCCCCACGGAGUACCCAGCGGGGUCAGUCCCCGUGUCCAGGCGGCCCGCUACAAGUUCCAGGAACAAGACCAAAACGGCACGGCAUCCCAGAGUCCUCCAGCCCGUGACCUCUCCCCCACCAACCGUGACAACUUUGCCGCCAAGCAGCAAGCACGUCAUACAGUCACGCAAGUUCUCUCGCGCUUCACCAGCCCUCCAGCAGGAGGUGCUGGAUCCCUGCGUCCAGGCCUGCCCCACUCAGCCUCAGAGGGGGGUCCUUUUCCCGGUCGCCUGAGCCACCCUAUCGGCAUCAAGUCGCCAACGGUGGCCAGGAUCGACCGGGGAAACCCUCCCCCUAUACCUCCCAAAAAGCCAGGGCUCUCCCAGACCCCCUCUCCUCCGCAUCCACCCAUCAAAGUGGUGGGAGACAGCAGCCGCUCCCCUGGGGCUGGAUUAAAACCAGCCACGCCCCAGCUGCCGCCCAAACCCGCCCUGGACCUGGUCCCAGCCCUGACGGCCUCUCAGGUGGGUGCCUGCCCCUCUCCAGGGCCUGGCCGGAGCCCUGAGCGGCAGCCGGCAGCAGCAUGUGCAGAGUGCCCCCCCGUCAUCAGCCCUUCCACCACUGUCAGUAGCCCCUCCUCCAUAAACCCCCCUUCCACCUCCUCCUCCAUUAGUGCUUCAUCCUCCCGUAGCCCCCGUUCCUCAGCAGGCAGCCCACUGGCAACAGCAUCAGGCUGGUGUCCCUCCGUAGUCUCCUCUUUAAGUGGCGGUGGGCCUGCUGCCCUGGACGGCGGGCACCCCCUGCUCCUCCAAGCUGCUUCCCAGGGAAAUGUCACUUUAUUGUCAAUGCUGCUUAACCAACCAGACCCGACCACCACCAAUACCACUACCACCUCCACCAACAUCACCUCUACCACCGCCAUGGAGAACAAGCCCAAUCAUCCUGACCAAGACCACCACCUCUACCACAACCACAACCACAUCCAAACCUCUGCCUUGUUUGCUGCUGUUCAGAACGGACACACAGAGUGUGUGAAGCUGCUGCUGUUUUCGGGAUCGCCUGCUGAUUUAUCGGAUGAAAAUGGAUUCACAUCUUUACACUUUGCCGCUGCCCACGGCCACAGCAGCUGUGCAGAGGCGCUGCUGGCUGCAGGAGCUGCUGUGGAUGUGGCGGCGGCGGAGGGGGGGCAGACCCCCCUCUUUCUGGCCUGUGAGGCAGGACAGCUAGACUGCAUCCAGGUCCUGCUGUGUGCCGGAGCCGAUUGCUCGCGUACCACCACGGACGGCUGCACGGCUCUUCAUGCGGCAGUGCGCUCCGGACACGUGGACACGCUGCGUCUCCUUCUCUGCCACCCGCCGCAGGGUGACCCCACUGUGACCCCUGACCCCUCCGGCACCCUGGCACUGCCUGCUGCCCUGCUGAACCAGGCCAACAGUGAUGGAUGGACGGCUGCACACAUGGCUGCUGCCCUGGGCCUCAAGGAGUGUCUGGAGGUGCUGUGCAGCCACAGUGAACAGGACAUCGAGAGGAGAGAUGAGUGUAAUCGAACCAUUCAUGACGUGGCGACUGAUGACUGCAAAGAUCUGCUUGAAAACCUCCACUCGUACCGUGUGCUGGUGCGUCUCCAGUCUUCGGGUGGAGGAGGAGCGGGCUCCAUGUGUCCUGUGGAGGCCCUGGAGGAGGAGACAAAGUGGGGCCCCGGCAGCCAGUUGGUGCUGUGCCGAGUGUCAGUGGACCGGUCCAUGUGCUGGGCCCAGCUUGGCUCCGCCCUCAGCCACGCCUUCACCUUGCACCUCAACAUUAUCUGCGGAGAUUCUCAAACAGCGAGGGAGGAGGCGCAGGUGCAACGCCCCCUGCUCGGCCUCGGCCCCACCAGUAUCGCCUCCAUCCUUAUUGGAGAUACUGAGUGGCUGCCGGGUGAGGAGCUGCCUUUAUCCCCCUGGGACCUGGUCAGGAAGCCUCUGAGCCAGUGCAUCACCAUCCGCCUCAAAGGUUUGUCUGAGUCCAGUCUCGAUGAGUUGGCCCUGGAGUCUCUCUUCCCCCUGCCGCUGCUGCAAAAUUACGUCCGCCUGGUGGAGCAGUACGGAAACCUCAUCUUUCACGGGCUGGAGGGCAGCUGUCAGGAGUACGUCGCCCGGCUGGUGGCCCACUGCAUCAAGUCCAAGCAGGAGACCGGGGGGCUGGUCUGUGACGUGGUGAGGGUGGAGGUGGAGGAAAGCCUGACCAAAGAGCAGCUGCUGGAGGCUUUCAUCACCUGUGGUUUCCUCGUGCCGGCAGUGGGUCUGGGGGAGGGGCUUCCACCUGGUCACGCUGGGCGCUGUGUGGUCGUGCUCCUCGAGGGGCUGGAGAAGGCUUUAUCCCUUACAGGGCUGCUGGGAGACCUCUGCCACAGUCUGGACAACAGGGGCUCUGCUGCACCGCUGCUCCUGAACACUGGUCCCCACCAUUUCUGUGAAGACAGUUUCUUGAUUGCCACGUUGUCGAAGCCACGGCUGCAGGGGUGCGAGCUCCGCCUCCAGCAGCAUUUCCGCUGGGUGACUCUUCGCUGGGACCAGGAGCCGCUGCACGGCCUGCUGGGAAGGCACCUUCGCAGGAAGCUGCUCCAUAAGAUGGGCACUGGUGUCUGGACACCGGCCGGCGUCAUGGAGCGCUCGGUGCUGUGGGUGAGUCAGGUGUGGCAGCAGCUCAACGCCUGUCUGUCACGCCUGGGGACCCAUGAGGCUCUGCUGGGCCCGCAGCUCUUCCUGUCCUGCCCUGUGGUCCCUAACAACACACAGGCAGUCGUCAGGUGGCUGGCUCGGCUCUGGAAUGCCGUGGUCGUCCCCCGCGUGGAAGAAGCCGUCAUCUCCCGGGUAACAGCCAAGCGUUCCUCCGCCUCCUCCAGCACUACCUCCUCUUCCUCACCAGUGUCGCAGCAACCGUCUCCUAGCAACUGUGGGCUGACUGCCGGGCAGCAUGCAGUGGUGAAAGCCGCUCUUAGCAUCGUGGUCAACAAAGCGGUUCUCCUGGGUUGCCCUCUGCCUCGACACGAAAUUGACAGAUACCUGCUGGAGUUUCGGGGUGGGACCCUCCCUCUGACCACCAUGGGCUCCUUUAAAGGAAGCAGUGGUGGAGGAGGCAGAAAGGGACGGGACGGCAGCAAGCUGAGACGAUCCAACACCAGCCCACGCAAGAAGGGAGGCCCCAACCUAAACUGGAGCUGUGGAGGUUCCUUCAGAGAAGGGUCACUGUCCAACACUGACGUCAGCUUCAUCACCAACGGCAAAGUCGAGAGGGAACCUGUCGGUCUGUCUGUCUUCUCUGAUGAUGAGACUGAUCUGAUCAGAGAGCUGCAGACCAUGUGCUCCAGCAAGUCCGAGCCAGACAUCAGCAAGACCAAAGACGACCUGAUCCUGUUCUCCAGCUCUCCCAGUGAGGUGUCACCCCCCCACAAGGCCGAACAGGAAACAGCCGUCCAGCAGCAACCGCAGACGUCCGGCCACAGCUCCGGCCAGGCAUCCGUCCAGAGCAGCGACCGGCGCUCAGGCUCCCGCGCCAAGUCGCAGCUCCCCAUCCCCAGCAGCAGGGGGCAGCAGGCACGAGCGUCCAUCAGCAGCAUCAAUAACAGCGGCAGCAGCAACAGCAGCCCCAUCCGAACCCAGACGCCUCCCAGCCGCAGCAGAACAACCAACAGCAGCAGCAGCAGAACAAAGCAGGUUUCACCCGAGAGCAGCAGCAGAAGCAACAACAACUACUACCGCAACAACAUCAACGACAACAACCGAUCACACGAGGACAUCUGGAUCCUCCACAGAGACCUGCAUGAAAACAACAAGUAGACACUCCUCCCUCCUUCCUUCUCCUACCCAUGAUUCCGCUGUGAUCUCCCUCCAUGAUGUAAAGACUAGGUACCUGACGACUUUUGACUUUUAGUAUUUGUACUUGUUAGCUGUACUUGUUACACUGUACUACAGUUGUGUACUUGGGGACCAUAGUUUUAUUCUAUUACAGUAUUUGAAGUAUUUGAUCCGAGGGUUUGGUAAGAAUUUACAUGGGCGAAAUAAACAACAGAAGGUAAUGCAGCAGGUUACUUUACUGUUGCCUUAUUCCAGUGUAUCAACCUGCAUAUUAUGGGACAGUAUUCAGUAACAGCGUAAGGAUUUAAGAAAUAGAGUAUUUGGCUGGUGGAAACUGCCUAAGAACAGUCGUGGCACAGUAUUUUUGUGAACUUAAAGUGAAAUACUGUACUUCUGUUUUAAGGCCAUUGAAGAGUAAGUGAACAUGUUUAUAGGUGUUACUUUUAAAAGAGAAGGGUCUUUGGAUCAAAGGAAGAGACGAGCAGUUUUUUUUCUUUCUUUCUGUUGUUUUUUUUGCUAUUAAGUAUUUUGAGAUAUUCAAGUGUUUUAUCUUUAAAUAGUUGCAAGGUUGAUUUAAAUACUGUUGAAAUUAAUCAGGGUUUUACCAAAUAUAUUUGUAAAUAAGAAUUAGUAUGUUUAAAUGCUCUAUAGAUUGGUGUACGUGGUAUGACGCUUGUACAGUGACAGAAACCUUAAAGUAAAACUGCUGGAAAAAAAACUAACUAACUUGUACAUAGUGUUUGUAAGAUGAGUUUGGUUCUGAAUCCUUUACUUGUUUCAAAGUGAAGGGGAUGUGGCAAUAAGUAAUAGAACUGUAUAAACACAGGAUGUCCUCUGUCAACUGUAAGCCAUAAUAAAUAUUUUAAAUGCCCA